AUGAAUGUUGCGACGUGUGAUAUCAUCCAGCUGUCAGCCAUCUCCAAAGAGAGGACCUUCAACGUGCAUGUGCUACCGCGCUGCUGCAUGACGGAUGAAGCCUCUAGGGUGACCGGCUUCACCGUGCGGGACCAGACGCUGCUCCUGCGCGGGAGGCCGGUGGAGACGGUCCCUCUCCGGCAGGCUCUGACCUCCUUUAUUGCCUUCCUGUGCUCCGUGCACCGGCCCCUGUUGGCGGCGCACAAUGCCAAGCGCUUCGACUGCCCCGUGCUGGCCAGGGUGCUGCGAGAGUUCUCCCUCGAGGAAGAGUUCCAGCAGGCUGUCGACGGCUUCCUGGACACUUUCCUGCUCAGCAAAGAUCUCCUGGCUAAGACCACGGUAAGGAGGUACUCUCAGCAGUACCUGGUCAGCCUCUUCCUCAACAAGUCCUACCAGGCACACAAUGCGCUCGAGGACGUCAGAGCUCUACAGGAUCUGUACCACGCGUGGGCUCCCGACAGGCACCUGGUGCAGAGACACCGAUUCACCUUGCAGCAGCUCCACGACCCUCUGGUGGAUCUUUUACAAAGCCUGAGAGCAUCUCGGAGGGUUUAUUUCUGAGUUUUGUCUUAUACUCUCCCAUACAUUUGUACAGCCUUGUCCAAAUGCAGGAGGAACAUCUUGCACAUUUUCAUGAAAACUUGUGUAGCUUUUAUAUACACCGUUUCCCAUUUUAUGUAUAUAGGCCUAUAUAC